CAAACCACUAUUACAGGUUCCGGAUGGAUUGUGGUGGUUGGUGCGGUGGCUGUAGGCCAGCCAGUUUGUUAUACCUGGUACACAUCGAAACCGUGGAGGACAAUCACUGGGAACGCUUACCAAAAAGUUGCGCCGAUUAUCAGAAGAAGGGAAAAAGAACCGAUGGGGAGUAUCUUCUUUACCCGCCAAUCCUCAACAGCGUGGAAGUGAGAAUUUAUUGCCACAAUAUGAAUACCACAAUGCCCAAAGAAUUCGUAACUCUGAAGUACAAAAAUGUCGGUAAACAUCCGAACCUAGAAGAUGUAGAUUGUUCUGGAAAUCCCAUGCCUUCCAAAUCUUGGUCUUGGUACACGGGCGAAACCGAGUUUUUCAAACUGGGUGUAAACAUCCAGUCAAUGAUGGUCAGGGAAACCGAUUUCACAUUUGCGCGGCAUUAUGGAGAACACGUCGUAGGUUUUGGAGAAGCCCGAGACAGUUACACCAAGCACUACAAUCAGAAGAGAAACAAAUGCGGCCCAGUGGGCACAUUUCACAUCGAUAUGCGCGGGACAGGACUGAAGGUUGACGACGACCUUGAGUGGAUGGCUGAAGGACAAUUUGCGUAUGGAGAAUGGACCAGAGACCAUGGAAAUGCCACCGUGGACAUACUGGCAGGCGGCUAUGCGGGCGGACUGAAACCCAUCGAGCCCAUACUUCUCAUGCAUAAUCCAAACGAUAUAUACUAAAGUUUUAAACAAGUCGGACACUCGACAAAUGGCUUCCGGGUACAAGAGAAGCUCGUCAUCUGUUAAUCAUCUGCAACUAUAUGAAACGUGAAACACACUUGAGAUUCGUUCAACAGUUUAACCAGGCGCUGAUCCAGAGAAGGCACUGAGGGCGUAUCCCCCCCACUCCUUUGUUUCGCCGACGUCAACAUAUAACAAUAAUAGCCUGUUCAAACACCUCUUACCCGCCCCCCCCUCAAAAAACCCUGGAUUCGCGCCUGUUACUAAUGGAUAUGUUCAAUGCAUAAAUUUCAA